UGAGGAGUGAGAUGGUCACGCGGGGUCCUCUUUUGGGUCUUCCAAAAUAAAACACAACAGAUAGCACACUGAUCUGAGAUGAUUAUAAUUGAAAGUUAAAUAAUGGAUGACACUGAACUGGAGAGGAAGGCGGUGGAGGAACUCCUUAAAGAAGCUAAUAGAGGAAAACUCCGUGCAGAGACGAUGGGUCCUGCUGGGUGGAUGAAAUGUCCACUGGGAAGUACCAACAAGCGUUUUCUCUUGAACACCCUGGGGUCCUCUGCUGUGACGCCUCAGUCAAGAAACCAGGGAGCUUCUGACAGAGGAGGAAAUGAACACAGAUACAUAACAUGUGAGAAACAUCACAACAAAGACUGUGAGGAGUGCAGUCACAGAAGGGAUAAUUCACACAGAAGACGCCACUUAAAUUCUCAUUCUAGAUCCUCAAAAUACCAAUCCUCCUCACGCGACGAUUCAACACCCAGAGACCAUUCCCCCUACAUCUCCAGAAAGUCAAAUAGGACUCGAUCUCGCUCACCCUUCAGAGACAAAAAAUACAGUGACCGGAGGAAAAAAUGACGUGACAGUUAUUAGAAAGUGUACUUUUUGUCCACAUAGGUGAUUUCCGCAGUCUAAAAUGGUAUUUGAGCCUGCAAAUAUCUGAUAAACUUAUGGUUUUAUAAUGACAACUGACAAGUACAGCGGAAUUGCCUGGGAUGUACAGAAUGUAGAUUUAUUUAAUAGCCAAUAUUUUGUUUCAAGAAAUGCAGUUUGACUUCCGGAAUGAGUAUACACAAAUGCUUGACCAGCAAUAAACACACUGCUAAUCACUA